AAUAUAUUAACAUAUGUUGGUUGGUAAAAGAAAGUAUUUUGAAGAUGAGCCAAUUGAAGUAGCUUUAAAAUUUAUUAAAUUAGACUAGAAAUCCGACAUUUGCUUUGAGAAGGCGAAUUACAUAGGAUAGAAAUUUAGAAACAUUAUGUCAAGCACGUAAAAGGCUAACUUAGUAUAUGAUUAUAUUUAAUUUAUUUAGAUAAAAUUUGGUGAAUAUUUAAGAGAAAUACCCUUAGAUUCAAUAAUCAGAUAUUUUAAGAUUAUUAGAAGAUUUUGACAAUAAUGUUGAGAUGGUAUCUGAGAUUCUAGGUUAAAAAGUAGCCAUUCCCUAAAAAUUUGAGAUUGUCAAUUCAGAUGUAUGAUUUAAACAUAUAAAUUAGUUCGAUAAUUAUAAGAAAGCUUUAAAAGAGGAAAUGCUCAAAAGACUUUAAUAAUCAUAAAAUAUUCAAUCAGCCUAGUAGGUGAUUUAAUUAGGUUUUGAUGAUUUUGAGUAAAAGUUUGGAGAAAAAUAUUAAUCUAAUGUAACUAAUUAAUUAAUAGUAUAGACUUAAAGAUUGGAAGAUGAAAACAAAUUAUUGAAAUAAGCAUUCUUAAAAUAACAUAAGAGACUUGAAAAAAUAAGAGUAGAAGCAGAAAAUAAAGAAAAAUAAAAUUAAAAUUUAAUUAAAUAACUCGCUGAUGAAAAAAAGCAAUAAUAAUAAAUUAAUAAUAAUCUCACAAUAUUAUUAAUAUAAGCACAAUAAAAUAACUCUGUUGCAACUAUUAAUAAUAUUAAUAAUGAUAUAUAUUGA